GCCUUCCACUUCGUUACCUAGACCCCACCACCACUGCCCGUCCACCACGCUCGCCUCUACACGACUACACGACCGACCUUCGUUUCUGACGUCUUCCCGAUCCACCGCGUGUCUACCUUGCCGCCACUCUGCACUUCGCGUUCCGCCACGCCAUCACGUCUCCAGCGGCUCCUAUCUCCCCGUCAGCGGCGACACGUCGGAUAGCAAAGUACCAGGGUUCCCGUGACCACGACUACGAGCCCGUACACGUCGAGCGUACCGGCUGGCGACAUGUACGAUUAUUAGAGUCGCUGCUCUUCCCGCCUGUCUCCUGCUCCUCCGAGCUCGCGCUUUGAUCCCGAGGUCUCAGGUCCCGGAACAGCACCACUAACGUUUCCGCGAGCCUCUUCACUCGGCAAGUGUCCCGAACAGGCUCUCCACGCCCAUCCUCCCACGAAUCGCUGGAUUCCGAAAGAGCCUUCACGCCCUCAGUCUCUCGUCACGCCCGUGCAACAUGGCUUCCAACGCUGCUGGCCCCAGCGCUGACGGCGUGGCCAAGACGGUGCACACCGAAGCCACAGACCCGUACGCCACCAUGGGACAGUUCUCUUUCGCGCCUGCCACCAAGACUACCGUAGUCACGACCACAUACACGACGACGACCACAUUCCCGCCUUUGUGUAUAAACGCCCCCGGCAGCCUUAGCGAGCGAGACCCCAAGGACUACCCGCUGGCCCACGUCCAGGCUCCCGAGUCAAUACGCAAGUUCUACUUUGAAUCCGGAGGCAACUUGGCCUGCUUCGAGGAAGCAGACACUGCAUCGGACAAAGUGCGCGAGCAGAAAACACUCCACCGCAACCUACGAUCAACGAACGGCACUCUCAGAAAGGUCGAGUCAUAUGAAGGCCCACCAGUCUUCACAACACCCAGCCGCUCGACGCGUCCAAAGCCACACGCUCCUCACCAAGGCCUACGCUCGGUAUCUGGCCGUCGGAAACGGGAUAAUGCAGACGAUUCGCCGCCGCCACCGUCAAUAACAAAGGCCGUUGAGCUCCUCGGCAUACAUCGCCAAAGCAAGAAACCCCGGUUGGAGCACGAGCACAAGGACGUUACACGUACGGCCUCCCGUUCCACCUCGGAUGACAUGGAGGAUCCGCAGCUGGCCACACCCGAUACCGACAUGGCAGGCUCCGGCCCAUCCAAACUGCCCAAGCUCCGCACCGCCCAUCUACACAACUCCAAGCUCAGGACUGCGUCACAGCAGAUUGGACCAGACCAAACGCCGCCCAGAUGGCGGCUCCAAGAAUCAAGUGCUCGGUCAUCACACUCCAGAGGUAGUCUCUCCGAUCAUCGAGAACCAUCCCCCGAGAACUCCUUCCCUACAGGUGUAUUCGAUGGCCCCGGCGUAGCUGCUACACCCCCAAUCGCCGAGUCUGAUCUGGAGCCAGUUGGACCUUUCGCCGACGAUGCGACUUUCACCCCCUCGCGCCUCACACCUCUCGACACGACGUCCGCACAAGAUGCUAGCCUACCCAGCCCCAGCCUGUCGCCCAUUACUGCUGCCGCAAACCUCGCCCAACAAACAAAUGGUGGCGCAUCCUUCUCAGGCACGGACAUGGACUUCGAUGCAAACGACGUAUCCGGACUUGACCUGUCACAGGGCACUUCGAGCAGCUCGCGCAUGGGGGACUUUUCCCUCUAUCCUGAUCCCCGACAGCGUGACCACACCGACAGCUCCAAUACGCAAUUACCCACGCCCUCCGCCAUGGACAUACCGAACAUGUUGAACUCGUUCGAUGCUUUGCCGGAACAGAUGAAGUCGUACGUCUUGUACCAGAUGCUCAGAAGGUGCAAGAAGCCGACUUUACACUUUGUUGCGGAUGUUGUCAAUCCCGCCCUCAAACGCGACUUCAUCGCCUCGUUACCUACGGAGCUUAGCCUUGAGAUUAUAGGGUAUCUAGACGUCAAGAGCAUGUGCAGCGCCGCACAGGUGUCGAAAUACUGGCGAAAGCUCACCGAUACCCACGAGUCUGCAUGGAAAGACCUGUUAGACAAGGAUGGGUACAAGCUGCCGUAUGGCGAGUUGGAGCGCGCGGUGCAAGAAGGCUGGGGUUGGCAAUAUCCUCAUUCUGCUGACAGCUACGAGCGCGACCUCAGAGCUCAAUCGGUAGCCUCUAGAUCUGACAACGAAGGCCACUCCGGGUUUUCCAGCUCUGUCUUCCCCAGUGGUUCGCUAGACCAGGAGGGCGCAGUGACACGAUCCUCUUCCAUACGCCAGAAAAGGAAGGCUACCAGUAAGCAUGGUAGCGGCAGCGGCAAGAAAGCGCGCAAGAGUCGCCCCUCUACUAGGACACAGAUGGCCCUCUAUUCGCGCCCCGCAGAUUGCCAAGAAGGCCCGCAUGCUUUUGCCAAACGAGCAGAGGCCGCCAUUUCCGAUCCCAAUGUUGGUUUGCCUGGUCUUCGUGCUAUGCAUCUCUUCAAGUCUUUAUAUCAACGUCAUCAUCUCAUCCGUAAGAGCUGGAUGGCGACCGACACGAAGCCGAAGCACAUUGCAUUCCGCGCCCAUCAGCGCCACGUGGUGACAUGCCUUCAGUUUGAUACAGACAAAAUCUUGACAGGCAGUGAUGAUACGAACAUCAAUGUCUACGACACAAAGACAGGAGCGCUACGAAGCCGCCUUGAGGGGCAUGAAGGCGGCGUAUGGGCCCUUCAGUACGAGGGCAACACGCUUGUAUCCGGCUCCACCGAUCGCUCAGUGCGCGUGUGGGAUAUCGAAAAGGGAAAAUGCACACAUGUCUUCCAGGGUCACACAUCCACUGUCCGAUGCCUGGUAAUACUCAAGCCAACUCAGAUUGGCGAGACCCUUGACGGCCAGCCGAUCAUGAUGCCGAAGGAGGAGCUCAUCAUUACAGGUUCGCGAGACUCUACGCUUCGCGUCUGGAAACUUCCCAAGCCAGGCGAUCGUGGCAUCAUGCAGGCCGCAGCGUCAUCCAAUGACCACGACAAUCCGUACUUCAUACGCGCCCUUACCGGACACCAUCAUUCAGUGCGCGCCAUCGCUGCACACGGUGACACGCUCGUCAGUGGCAGUUACGACUGCACCGUCCGAGUAUGGAAAAUCUCCACCGGAGAGGUUCUGCAACGUCUGCAAGGUCACUCGCAGAAGGUGUACAGUGUUGUUCUCGACCAUGCGCGCAACCGCUGCAUCAGUGGUUCCAUGGACAACAUGGUCAAAGUUUGGUCUCUAGAGACGGGGGCAUGCAUCUUCACGCUUGAGGGUCAUACCUCGCUCGUCGGUCUUCUCGAUCUGAGCCACGAGCGCUUGGUGUCAGCGGCUGCCGAUUCAACUCUCCGAAUCUGGGACCCAGAAAAUGGACAAUGCAAGAGCCGUCUAUGUGCUCACACAGGUGCCAUCACAUGCUUCCAGCACGACGGUCAGAAAGUCAUAUCUGGCUCUGACCGCACACUCAAGAUGUGGAAUGUGAAGACGGGCGAGUUUGUUAAGGACUUGCUGACAGACCUGAGCGGCGUAUGGCAGGUCAAGUUCAACGAGCGUCGUUGUGUGGCUGCUGUUCAGCGCAACAGCAUGACAUACAUUGAGGUGCUCGACUUUGGUGCUUCGCGCGAUGGAGUACCCGCCGACCAACGGGGACGACGCAUUGUUGUCAAUUCCAAGGGCCAGGAGAUUGAGGAUAUCACCGAGGGCGACCUAAUCGACGUGGACCAGGCUUAGGCCUAUUCUACUAUCAUUCAACACUGCGAGUUACACGAAAUACAGAUACACCCACCAACACUUGGGACCGGCGCGAAUGUUUUGGCCAUGUUCAAAAGCGAUACCCACUACGCGUUCUGGCGAAUGACUUGACGACACGGCGACCGAAUCUUAUUCAUUCAGGUGGCAUCAUGAAUUGCCUUUCUUUGGCUUGGCCUUGGCCGCCUCUCUUACCGUACACAUGGUGUAGGAAAUGACACUUGUGUCGGGGUAGCGUGUUUCUUUACAUUUUCUCUACUAUUGCAUAGCUAUGGCGUUUACCAUAUCCGAAGGACUGCAUUGAGGGCACCAUUAUGAGGAUUAGUUGGACUUGCACUGCAUAGGUACAGGGCAAGAACGAAAUAUAAUUUUACCACUACAAUCCUCAA